UUCAACGCCAAAUAUAUAACCUAAGUAUUGAUCAAGAAAACAAACUGGGAAUUCUCUUCUUUAUUCAGAUUUCAUUUACGCAACUGUGUAUGGCUUCUCAAGCUCUGGUUUCUUUUCUCUUUGCCUUUGACAUUGUAAUUACAACUGUAAGAUGCAACUCGGAAGGGGAUGUUCUUUCUUCUUGGAAAGCCACCUUGGUUGACCCGAACAAUGUUCUUCAAAGCUGGGAUCCAACUUUGGUUAAUCCAUGCAACUGGUUUCAUGUUACAUGUAACAGUAAGAACAGUGUCACAAGGGUGGAUCUUGGUAAUGCUGGCCUACACGGACCUCUUGUCCCCCAGCUUGGAAAUUUGACUAAUCUUCAAUAUCUGGAGGUAUUUGAAAACAACAUCACGGGAUCGAUUCCAGAUGAGAUUGGUCAUUUAACAAGCCUGGUCAGCUUGGACUUGUACAAUAAUAAACUUUCAGGUCCAAUCCCAGCCACCCUCGGCAACUUGAAAUCUUUGAGGUUUAUGAACGUAGCAAACAAUUCAUUGGCAGGGACUGUUCAUUCCACUAACUCAACAGGAUAUGCUGUUACAACAAUCAUACAAGACCCAAGAGCUCAAAAGUUUUGACUUGAAUGUUGAAAUAGCUGUUUGAUUUUAGUUGUGAUCUGUAUUAUAGCGAGUAAAAUUUAUGUCGCAAUGCAUGUGGCCCUAUACUUAAUGUAAUGUUCAUCAGAGAUGCUUUUAUGUCUUUAAAGCCCAAUUUUGUGGGCUAAAAAUGCAGAUCAGAAGGUUCUUUUAUCUCCCUGCAUUUGUUAUUCACUCCUAAUUUCUGACUCCCCAAU